AUGAAUCCAGUUAGUACCACAGCCCACAUAACCGCGGCCAAAGCAUCGAUCUCGCUCCUACUAUGCCUGUGCUCCUUUGCCACUGGCCUAUCACCUAUAAAGUUUGCACACGCAUGGCGUGCGUCCAGGGUACGAAUAUCGCGGAAACCGACGGUCGCGUCGCUGCUUUUGUGCUUCGGUGGAGGCGUGCUUAUGUUCACCGCCCUCGUCGGUAUGCAGCCCGACGUCCGGCGUACAGUGCGCAUCCUCCAGGCGGACGGCCGGCUGCCAGACUCCGACCACUUAGGCGACCUAAUAUUCUGCGCGGCCCUCUUUGCUGUCUUCAUCGUCGACGAAUACGUUAACUUGUCCCGCGGCCCCGGACGCGGAACUAGUACUGCCGCAACUCCCGACUCCCAGCCACCCCCGAAGUCGUUCCGCGUCCUCUUCGCCGUGGUUGCUCUGUCAUUCCAAGAGGCGUUCGUAGGCCUGUCGUUCGGCUUGGAAACCGCGGGCCCCGACGACGCCCUGUGGUACACGUACGCCACCGCAUCCGGGAAUAAACUGAUAAUCGCCUUCUGCCUGGGCAUGGAACUGGCCUGGUCAGGAGCUCGGAAUUCUGCAAUAGUUGUGUGCUCCGCUGUCUUCGCCACUGUCACGCCCGUCGGAGUCGCGAUCGGCAUGGCCCUAUCGCAGUGCUGCGACAACAACGCGGCCAAUAAGCUGCCAUCGCCCGGCAUCUUGCACGCCACCUCACAGGCACUGGGAGCAGCAUCGCUGGCGUUCGUGGUGUUCUUAGAAGUGCUUCCCAGGCAUAAACACGCCGGGUUCACGCACCUGAUUUCCACCAUCGUUGGGUUCCACGUCAUGCUAUUGCUGCAGUUUGCCA